CUUAAAUAUAUAGAGAUAUUACUUCAUUGAGAAAACCGACGAAACCGACUACAAAUAUUUAUGAUUUCACUGCAAGAAUCCGCGUAGUAUUUGCCAGUAUCUGCUCGAUCGUUGUGCUGUGGUUGCGGGGAGCCGAAAUGUCGCGUUAUGUUUGCUGCCUCUAUUGUUAUUGUUGCUAACUUAAUUUGUGUGUAUUAACGUAAAUGUUAGACUUUACUCCAAAGUUUAUCAGUUUAUUUCGUUCCAAAUAAAAACACAACAACAAAUAAUAUAUAUGGCACAUAUUUACGUACAUAUAUGUAGGUACAUAUAAAAACACAAAGAAAUAGAAAACCGGCCUGAUCAAUAUGUACUUGUGAUCAUCGCACAUUAUUACGAUUACGAUUAGAAUUUUAGCUGCGCUAAAGUUGAAGUGUUUGAACGAUAGCCGUGUAAAUAUCUUGUGUAAAUACUCAAAACUAAUUAAGUGCACGUAAUAAUUACAUUUUAAGCUCAAGUAUUAAAAAGGAAACAAAACAAAACAAAACAAAACAACAAAUACAUACAUAUAUAAACAAAAUAGUGCCAAAACAAUGCCACAAAGUGUUGAGAAUAAUAUACUGUCAAGAAGAAGCAUUAAUGCCGCACAAAUGUAUUCACCACAACAAGACUACCGACAGCCACAACUUCACCAUGCCUCCUACACAUCACAUCACCGCAACCAGCAUUUACAAAACUUACGUCAAAAUGCAUUGCAGAUGUUAAACGUGGAAGACACAAAUAUGGAUGUCCUAUCCGACAACGAAAGUUCGAUGCCAAGUUUUCAAAAUUCAGACUUCUCGACGUCACCGAUAGAGGAACACGAUGCUAAAGACGACGACAUGACGUUCUGCAUGUCGAAUUAUGCGAAAGAGGCCUUGAAAAUGAUGUUCAUGAUGCGUUCACACCAUAUGCUGACCGAUGUGGUACUGGAAGUGAAACAGGAGCUUUUUCCCGCACAUAAAGUCGUACUAUCGGCGGCGUCUCCCUACUUUAAGGCUAUGUUUACCGGUGGUUUGAAGGAAUCGGAAAUGUCGCGUGUUCAGUUACAAGGUGUGUGCCCCACAGCUAUGGGACGCAUUAUUUACUUUAUGUAUACCGGACACAUACGCGUAACAGAAGUAACCGUCUGUCAGCUCUUACCUGCUGCCACCAUGUUCCAAGUGCCAAAUGUGAUUGAAGCCUGUUGUGCCUUUCUCGAACGUCAACUGGAUCCAACAAAUGCCAUUGGUAUUGCAAAUUUUGCAGAACAGCAUGGUUGUGUGGAACUGCAAAAGAAAGCAAAUUAUUUCAUUGAAAGACAUUUUACACAGGUAUGCCAGGAAGAAGAAUUUCUUCAGCUCUCAGCCUAUCAAUUAAUUGCAUUGAUACGCCGUGAUGAACUGAAUGUGCAAGAAGAACGAGAGGUAUACGAUGCGGUGCUAAAAUGGGUUAAGUACGAUGAGGAAAACCGUUAUCCGAAAAUGGAACAUAUACUAUAUGCUGUACGUUGCCAAUUCUUAACACCAAGCUUUCUAAAAGAGCAGAUGAAGAACUGUGAUGUUUUGCGUAAGGUACCUGCUUGUCGAGAAUAUUUAGCUAAAAUCUUCAAAGACUUAACGCUACACAAAAGACCGGUAGUUAAAGAACGUACGCCAAAUACAACGCGAAUGAUAUUUGUAGCGGGCGGUUUCUUUAGACAAUCAUUGGAUAUAUUAGAAGCCUAUAAUGUUGAUGAUAAAACGUGGACGACAUUGCCAAAUUUACGUAUACCGAGAUCAGGAUUGGGAGCAGCAUUUCUUAAAGGCACAUUUUAUGCUGUUGGAGGAAGAAAUAAUUCUAUUGGCUCUUCUUAUGAUUCUGAUUGGGUGGAUCGUUAUAAUGCUAUAACGGAACAAUGGCGACCCUGCGCACCAAUGUCUGUACCACGUCAUCGUGUUGGUGUAGCUGUUAUGGACGAGUUGAUGUACGCUGUGGGUGGUUCAGCGGGCUCAGAAUAUCACAAUACAGUUGAAUAUUAUGAUCCAGAACAAGAUCGUUGGACAUCUGUGCAACCAAUGCAUGCAAGACGUUUAGGUGUGGGUGUGGUUGUUGUUAAUCGUUUACUGUUUGCUAUAGGCGGAUUUAAUGGAACCGAUCGUUUGGCUUCAGUGGAGUGUUAUCAUCCUGAAAACAAUGAAUGGAAUUUUGUGCCAUCAAUGCAUACUGGCCGCAGUGGAGCGGGUGUUGCAGCUAUCAAUCAAUUCAUUUACGUUGUGGGUGGCUUCGAUGGAACACGUCAGUUAUCAUCAGUAGAGCGGUUUGAUACCGAAAAUCAAACUUGGGAAAUUGUGGCACCAGUAAAAAUUGCGCGUAGUGCUUUAUCCCUAACCACGUUGGAUGGCAAGUUGUAUGCCAUUGGCGGUUUCGAUGGCUCUACAUUUUUAUCUAUAGUUGAGGUUUAUGAUCCAAGAACAAAUGUUUGGGAACAAGGCACACCACUAAGUUCAGGACGUUCUGGACACGCAUCCGCUGUUAUCUACCAACCAUCUUGUGUAGGUACUUUUAUGGAUUGCAUUGAGAGUGAAAGUGCUAAACGUGGCGAUGGCAAUUCAAAGUCCGACGAUAAUAGCAGUGACAGCAAUCCACGUUGCUACGGUAAACCAGAUCGACCUUCUUCCAGUUAUACGCAUUACCAUACAUCUUUUGGAAGUUCUGGCUGUCGAAAUUGUGAAAGUGAACAUGAACCAGUAAAUUCGAAUAUAUCCGAAAGUGUUCAUAUGACAGAAUCUAUGCGAAACAUCUUUACAUUAGAACCAUUUCAAGGGAGAAAACGACGAAGCCGGUUAUGUGCCAUAGAGAACCCUAAAAUCACAGUAACAGAAGGACUAUAUUAUAAUAAUACGAUAUGUAAAAGGUUUUUACCGAGCACAAGUUCGCAUAGUACAUCACCUCCGAGUGAAGAGCAUCAGGAGAGUAUGGAGAUCGCGGAUAUUGCGGAGAUUGCGGAAGAGGAGCAAAGUAGUAGUAGCCCAGUUUGUAAGAAAGAUGUAUGUAAGCGUAACUGCAAGUCCAAAUGCAUUUUUGAAGCAUUCAAGAAUACUACUGCGGGUAACAUGAUUGGGCAAUUUGUCAGCUCCAUUUGCGAGAAGAACAAAAAAGACUCGGCAGUGUCAUGAUAGCAAUAAACUAAAGUAAUAUAUUUGGUUGUAGUUAGUUAGUGUUCUGGAUUAGUGCGGUUUAGCUCUUAGUUAGAAAACAAAUUAUUUAUCUCUUAAGUAGCAACAAAAAAAAAUUAUAUUUUUAAUUU